UGUAGACGCCCAGCUGUAGGGGCGAGCCUGGGAACUACCGCUGGCAUAGGCCGGUGUGUCCUGCCGCUAAGAUGGCGGCUCCCUUGGUGCUGGUGCUCUUGGUGGCCGUGACAGUUCGGGCCGUGCUGUUUCGCUCCAGCCUGGCCGGGCUCAUCUCGGAGAGGGUGGAGGUCGCGUCCCCUUUAAAUGCCUGGAAGCGAGUGGUUGAGGGGCUAGCCUUACUUGAUUUGGGCGUGUCUCCAUACUCUGGUGAUGUAUUUCAUGAAACUCCACUAAUAAUAUACCUCUUUCAUUUCCUGAUUGAUUAUGCUGAGCUAGUAUUUAUGAUUACAGAUAUGUUGACUGCUGUCGCUCUCUAUUUGGCCGUUCAGGAUUACAACAAAGUUACGUUUAAGAAGCAAAAGCUACUAAUAGAACUGGAUAAAUAUGCACCUGAUGCAGCUGAGCUUAUUCGGACCCCCAUGGAAAUGUACUAUAUCCCUCUCAAGGUUGCACUGUUUUAUCUCUUGAAUCCAUAUACUGUGAUGUCUUGCGUUGCAAAGUCCACUUGUGCCAUCAACAAUACCGUAAUUGCAUUCUUCAUUUUGGCAACGAUUAAAGGUAGUGCCUUGCUCAGUGCUGUAUUUCUGGCCUUAGCAACAUACCAGUCCCUGUACCCUCUCACCUUGUUUGCACCAGCCGUUCUGUAUUUAUUGCAGCGUCAGUUCAUACCAGUGAAAAUGAAAAGCAAAGGCUUCUGGCUUUACACCAUGCAGUAUGCAGCUCUGUAUUUGGGAAGCCUGGUGGUGAUUAUUUGUCUCUCAUUCUUCCUCCUCAACUCUUGGGAUUUUAUUCCGUCUGUGUAUGGUUUCAUCCUUUCCGUCCCAGACCUGACACCCAACGUCGGCCUCUUCUGGUACUUCUUUGCUGAAAUGUUUGAGCACUUCAGCCUCUUUUUCGUGUGCGUCUUUCAGAUCAACGUCUUCUUUUAUACUAUUCCCUUGUCGGUGAAACUAAAGGAGCACCCCAUUUUCUUCAUGUUUGUUCAACUUGCCAUAAUUUCCAUCUUCAAGUCCUACCCAACUGUGGGAGACAUUGCCCUUUACAUGGCCUUCCUUCCACUCUGGAGCCACCUGUAUCAGUUCCUCCGGAAUGUCUUCAUCCUUUCCUGUGUGCUCAUUGUUUGCUCCCUGCUCUUCCCGGUUUUAUGGCAUCUCUGGAUUUACGCAGGAAGUGCCAACUCAAAUUUUUAUUAUGCCAUCACUUUGACGUUCAACGUAGGACAGAUCUUGCUCAUCUCAGACUAUUUCUACGCCUUCCUGCAGAGGGAGUACUACCUCACUCACGGAAUCUACUUAAUUCGAAAAGACAGGACAGACCCCAUGCUGGUUCUCAAAUAAAGUUGGCAUUUGAUGCGACUGCGGGAACAGACAACGGAUGAUACUUGGGGAGGGGUGGGGAGAUACCUUUUUUUGCGUAUGGUGAACGGGCUCCUGUUUGGGGAAUAACCAAUUCAGUGCUGGAACAAAGCGUGAUGCAGAGAGCAUGAGAACGGGUUGAACAGCCCACCUGGGUGGCCCACAGCCGCAUCAGAAUCUUCUUGUCACCGCUGCGAAUGCCACUCAUCAGUUCUGGAUAAUUCCUCAGGACUUGGUGAAAUGCAUUUGAACUGACACCAAGGAGGAGUCUUGCAUCCAGGCAAGUGACAAGGCCAUGGGUGGUGAUUUUUAUUAUUAUUAUUAUUAUUAUUUCUUGGGGAAACUCCUGGGAAUUUUCUCCUUGAGGAAAGGAAUAACUUCAGCAAGCGUUUAUUUGGUUCCUCUUGCUGCUCUGCUUCCAUUGCUUGAAUUGGCAGCUCGUCUGCCUGAUGUACAGGGAUCCUUGCGUCCUCGGGAGAGAAUGGGCAGCUACUCUUGGACACUUAUUCUCCUUGCACUGAUACUGGAGACUGGGAGGCCCCAAGUAUUCUGUGUGCAGUUUUGUGCUCUGGACAAAUGGUCAGUUUGAUGUGCGUCAGAGUGGAGCUGCCCAGUGGAACCAGCCUGGGAGUCAUGGAGAUUUGCAUUCUGCUGCUUGUAACCCAGGAAUUCGGAGGACGUUUGGUGGAAUCACCAGGUGGAUCAAACUUGUUCACUUUUCUUUAACGGGGAAACACUAUGGACAUGCAAAUGAAUCAUUCAUGUGCAGUCUUACAAAAAUGAAAAUUAAGAGUUACAGAAAACCCAAAGUGAAUGCAUAUUGACCAGAGAAGUCAUGGCUGGGCUACAUAAUCCAUUCAGCUUUUAAGAUUCAUAGGAAAAUUAUUCUUCCAAGCUCUUCCCAACCUGAGAUUUGAGGCCAGAAAGCACAAAAGUGGGAGCGCUGUCAAUGGAAUGUUUGGGCCCAACAGUAGUUAUAACCAUUACAUAUUCUACCCAAAGUGUUACUGUUUUAGUAGGAGAAGCAGUAAAUUGUGACUGUAUUAGAAAAGCAGCUAUGCAAAAAUGGCUACCCCAUCCCACCUGCUUUUAAUGCUUGUGUGUUCAGUUGGUUCACUUCCCUUCAGUAACCAAGAGACAGGUAUUUUUGUUUGGAGAUGGCUGCUAUUUUUAACUCUUCUAACCCAGCACAGCUACGGCUAGUUUCUUUCUCUGACAUUUUAAUUUUACCAAUGGUGUGGUUCCCUCACCGGGUAGCCAAACGAGACCCAGCCAAACUCCUAAAGCCCAGAAGAGGCCCAGUAACAAAACCACUCCACCUUUAUAACUAUAAGCAGAAGAGAUUAAUUUCAGACCCACUGAACCUGCAAUUUAAUGUGCCCUCUGUCUUUCUUU